ACGUGACAGGAGAGUGCUUCUUUUCCGAAAAGAAUGGCGGAGGAUUUCGAAGCUGCUCAACCUUUGGAAUAUCUGAGGAAAUUCCUCAAGAACGACAUCAGACCCGACGGCAGGGAACUGGGCGAGUCGCGAUCCAUCAUUGUCAAUAUUGGUUACAUCUCUUCAGCCGAUGGUUCUGCCCUUGUGAAGACUGGAGAUACCGCUGUGAUAUGUGGUAUUAAAGUGGAACUGGCAAUACCGAAAUGUGAAGAACCAGACCAAGGUUUCAUUGUACCUAAUUUGGAACUGUCUACUCUGUGUUCCCCCAAUUUCCGACCAGGACCUCCAGGGGACCAGGCACAACGCACAAGCCAGAUGCUUUUUGAUAUAGUAAAGAAUUCAAACUGUUUAGAUCUGAAGGACCUGUGCAUCACCCCUGGGAAGUUAGUUUGGGUGUUAUACUGUGACAUGAUCUGCCUUGAUUAUGAUGGUAAUGUUUUAGACGUGGCACUCCUGUCUCUGAUGGCAGCUCUUUAUAAUUGCCAAUUACCUAAAGUGACUGUGGAUGAAGACUCCCUUGAAAUCAGUGUUGAUUUCGACAGCAGGCGACCCCUCAACAUCCACUCUCAUCCUGUAUCGACGACAUUUAGUUUAAUGGAUGGUAACAUUCUACUGAUGGACCCCUGUAUUGGAGAAGAGAACCUCUCCGAUGGCACCGUUACGAUCUGCACUUGUGACCAGAAACUGUGUGGUGUGUUUAAGCCAGGUGGAGCCAAAAUAUCUGAUGAGAAAUUAUUUCAGUGUAUUUCUCGUGCAGAGGAGCAAGGUGCCAAGGUGCAGUGUUUGUUGCAGAAAGCCUUAAAGAGUAAAACAGACAAUAAAACAGAAUGAUUACUUGGCA